AUGAGGCAUAUUGUUGCCAUUAUAUCUAUAGCGCUGCCUGUCGUAUUUGGCCAACAAUCGCUCAAUGGCCAAUGCGGUGGAAUUGAAUGGAAAGGGCCAACUACUUGUAUUGCAGGAUCAUGCUGCACCUAUGGAAGUGAUUUGUAUUCUCAAUGUCUUCCAUGUACAAAUUCGACCGGUUCAACGGCAAAGGUAGCAUCCACAACAACAGCGUCAACAGCCCCAUCCGGAAACUUCACCAAUCCAGUUCUCUAUGAGGACUUUGCUGACAAUGAUAUUUUCCUCGGUCCAGACGGGGCCUACUAUUUCUCGGCGUCGAACAUGCACUUUUCACCAGGAGCCCCAAUCCUUAAAUCCUACGAUCUAGUCAACUGGAAAUUUAUCGGACAUUCUGUUCCCACCUUAGCCUUCGGAGAUAGCUACAAUAUGGAUGGAGAUGUUGCGUAUCGCAGAGGUACCUGGGCCUCGACAAUGAGGUAUCGGGCAAGCACCGGCUUAUGGUACUGGUAUGGAUGCAUUGAUUUCUGGAAUUCCUACGUCUAUACCGCUCCCGAAGUGACCGGUCCUUGGACACAGGCAGCCGUCUUCUAUGCCACCUGCUUCUAUGAUUGCGGUCUCCUCAUAGAUGAUGAUGACACAAUGUAUAUUGUAUACGGCAGUAACGAUGUCAGCAUUGCUCAGCUGGCGAGCGACGGUCUCAGCAUUGCUAAGACGCAGAAAGUAUUUUCUACGCCACCUCAAUUUAGUGGCAUCGAAGGCAACCGCAUGUACAAGAGAAACGGCAUUUAUUACGUUCUCGACGACGCACCUAGUGACUCAGCGACGCUGAUUUGGCAGUCUGGCAGCGUGUUUGGUAAUUGGACUGAAAAGACAAUGAUCAAAAACGUCGCCUCUCCUAAUAACCUCGGCGGAACUCCUGACCAAGGAAGCCUAAUCGAGACCCCAGCAGGCGAAUGGUAUUUCAUGUCCUUCUCCUGGGUAUACCCGUUGGGUCGAGUCCCUGUCCUUGCCCCAAUCACCUGGGGUACUGACAAUUUCCCCAUCUUCGAUACUGUCAAUGGGGCAUGGGGUGACUCCUAUCCCAACCCCUUACCUACCCACAAAAUGCCCUCCUGGACUGGAACUGAUACCUUCCCCGGCACAACCCUAUCCGUCGACUGGGAAUGGAACCACAACCCUGAUACGACGAAAUAUGCCGUUAACAACGGCAUCACACUCUCUACGGCCACUGUCACUACUGAUAUUUACAAAGCUCGCAACACACUCACACACCGUUGCCAUGGCCCUCUGUCCGUCGCCAUCGUUGUUCUCGACACUAGCAGCAUGGCCGACGGGGAUUCUUGCGGCCUGGCCGCUUUCCGUGACUGGACCGCCUACAUCGGUAUUUCUCGCAGCGGGGGCACGUAUACGAUUGCCAACGUGCAGGGAGCCCUGCAGAACUCAACAGACUGGUCGACGAUUACGGAUGGGUCGACUACAGCAAGCGCGGGGAUUGCGAAAGGGAAAGUCUGGUUGAGAGGCACGAUGCACACGUUGUCGAAUGGUCCACAUACCGCGUCGUUUGAAUACAGCACUGAUGGGAGCACAUUUACCGCUCUUGGGGGGAACUAUACGUUGAAUACGGAUUGGAGUUUAUUCAUGGGGUACCGAUGGGGGAUUUUCAACUAUGCAACAAAAGCACUUGGGGGAUCCAUCGGAGUGUCGUCAUUUACACUGGAAUAA